AUGGCUUCGACCAUAAUUCUGUCACCUGCUAUCGAGCUGAGACCCAUCCUAGCCGACGUAACAAUGGCAGUAGUACCACCACCAGCAGCGGGCGACAAUAACAUCAACCGCGGGUGGCUGAGCAGCCGCGGCAGCGGUAGCCAUGCCUUGCCUAUGCCGGCGACAAGCGGGCGUGCGGGCGUUGGCGGGCGUGUGCGUAUCCUGUCGGUCGCACCGAGCAUCGAUCGCAGCCAGACAAAUACGACUUCGCCAAACCUUCUGCGCGGCCGGUCCGGGCUCAUACCGCUCCAAGGAGCUCGAGAGCGCCGUGAUAAGGCACGAUAG